UCAGGUCCAAUUAUACCUGGUGUUGCUCAAAGCCCAUACGCUGGAAGAAUCCCUCUUAACCUUUGCACUUUGUGUAAGCUCAGAUAGCAGUUUUCCAAUUCCUUUAUUCUUCCCGGUUCACCUCGAGACUGCCCGACGAGACUUCUUUCCUGUCCGCGAAUCUGCGCAUUGUGAGCUUAGACCAUGGAUACCAGCGACAAAAAUUGGGCUACUAAGUACCUGCUUGACCCAUUGAACGCUCCAGAUCCUUCGCAAGAAGAUGGCCCAGGAAACACCUUCCGACCCGGUGCGACGGUCGCUCCAGUCAAGCCAUCCCCUCAGUCAAAGCAAUUAGUAGGCAGGCGCCUCUCAAAGACAAACCCAUACCGCAAGAACUCCCUUUCCAACUCUACCACGACCGAGAUCAAGCGCUCUGCUUCACUGAACAGCAAUGGUUAUUCUCCUAUUUCGGGCAACAAGGGACCAUACCCUCCGCAGUCGUACCCUUCUCCCCCACCCUCAGCGACUUCUCCAGUCGCGGCCAACCAGUAUUCGCAUUCUCCUCAAUCUCCACGGUCACCCCAAACGCCUCGAUCCCCUAACCAUAGACAAGAGGCAUUCGGGAGUGAAAACCACUCGAGCCCUCACGGCAGUGGUCGUCGCCGACGCGGGAGCUCCCUCUCGGAGCGUUAUCCAGGCGAUAUGUCCCACCGCCCUCUCGAUACUCUGACAAAAGAGAAGGCCUCGGCAGAUCGCGCGCGUCACGCGACCAGAAAACACCAUAUUCAACCGGACAUCAUCGACAACCUUGACAUGACCGGUGGAGGCGCAUAUCACCACGGCGGUCCAUACGACGCUACCUUGUUUGCGCGUAACAAUUCGUUAAACAGUCCGUUGGCAGCUGUAGCCAGUUCUAAUGCGGAAGCUCUGAAAGCAACGCCCAAGGAGAAGAUCAUGGACUCUGUCAGAGGCCACCGGCCACUCGACGGCGUUGCGGCAUACGCUCCAGGAAAUAUGGAUCGCAACGGCAACGUCUACAACUACGAAGAAGGUGACAAUAUGAUGAUUGAAGGCGGCCCGGAAGGUGGAGCAUAUAAACGAUGGCCGGGCGUGCAAUAUGACCCUAGCGACGUCAAAGGCAAAGGCGAACCAAGUUACAGUUUGGAGAAGGCUCUCAAAGAGCACAAGAUUUCCGGCGAGGAGCAGAAGGCCACCGGCAACAACGGCAUUGAAAUGAAAAACCGAAACCGGAGCUCAAGCGGUCCUGUUCCGCCAACCGCAGAUCGAUCGGGGUGGGACGACGGCGAGGGGCUCGGAAGAAGUGGAAGCAUCAGCAAGAGGCUUAGCGGAGGAUUGAAGAAAAGGUUCGGGAGUAUUAAAAGAAGUCAUCGCCGGGAAGACUAAUGUUGGCGGGAUAUCUGUUGUUUAGCUGUCUGGCUUUGGGUAACGAAUUACUUUUGGGGCGCCAAUGGUCUUGGGAUGAGUAGACAGAAGCCAUCAAGUUGGAUGACGGUUAGGGCUCAGGCAGCACAUUGCUCGACAGAAGAUACAUUGCAACAUGUCGUGACUGCGAAGCUUUCUUUUAGCGGAUUACAGCACUGGAAAUACCACCCAUCUUCCUGCAUUCUAUUCAGCCCUGUGCUAUUCCAAGA